GUCCGGUCCCGCACAAUGGGCCAUGGAGUUCCCGUUCGAUGUGGAUGCGCUGUUCCCGGAGCGGAUCACCGUGCUGGACCAGCACCUGCGGCCUCCGGCCCGCCGACCCGGAACCACAACGCCGGCCCGUGUGGAUCUGCAGCAGCAAAUCAUGACUAUUGUAGAUGAGCUGGGCAAGGCUUCUGCCAAGGCUCAGCACCUCCCUGCACCCAUCACCAGCGCUUUGAGGAUGCAGAGCAAUCGCCACGUUAUUUAUAUCCUAAAGGACACCUCAGCCAGACCGGCAGGGAAAGGAGCCAUUAUUGGUUUCCUCAAAGUUGGAUACAAGAAGCUCUUUGUGCUGGAUGACCGGGAGGCUCACAACGAAGUAGAACCGCUUUGCAUUCUGGACUUUUACAUCCAUGAGUCGGUGCAACGGCAUGGCCACGGGCGAGAACUUUUUCAGUAUAUGUUACAGAAAGAGCGAGUAGAACCACACCAACUCGCCAUUGACCGACCAUCCCCAAAGCUGCUCAAGUUCCUGAACAAGCACUACAACCUGGAGACCACAGUCCCACAGGUGAACAACUUUGUGAUCUUUGAAGGCUUCUUUGCCCAUCAACACCGGCCCCCCACUCCAUCUUUGAGGGCAACUCGACACUCUCGUGCUGCUGUGGCCGACCCCAUACCUGCUGCUCCAGCCCGGAAGCUGCCACCAAAAAGAGCAGAGGGAGACAUUAAGCCAUACUCCUCCAGUGACAGAGAAUUCCUGAAGGUGGCUGUGGAGCCUCCUUGGCCCCUGAACAGGGCCCCUCGGCGUGCCACACCUCCAGCCCACCCACCUCCACGUUCUAGCAGCCUGGGCAACUCGCCAGAUCGGGGUCCCCUUCGGCCCUUCGUGCCAGAGCAGGAGCUGCUUCGCUCCCUGCGUCUCUGUCCCCCGCACCCUACUGCACGCCUUCUGCUGGCCACUGACCCUGGGGGCAGCCCAGCCCAGCGCAGGCGCACCAGCUCCCUUCCCAGGUCUGAUGAGAGCCGAUACUGACAGGAAACCUGGGAGGGCAGAUAUACUCCCUCCUACAACUCGCAACCCACUCCUCUAUCAAGAUUUUUUUUCUUCCUCCUUGAACAACUGGGUUGCCAGGGUUCUAAAUAGCCUAAUACUUUGUAGCUUUUCUUACCACAGAAGACCCCCUGUACUCCCAACCAGUGCUAUGAGUACUCUCCCACAGAGAGGCUGUUCUGUUCCCAAAUCUCUUGGGCUAAAUGGCUCCUACUGACUCCCUAGAGAAGCACACUCUGCUUAUGGUCAGACUCCGGACCACCAGAGGUCCAAGAGCCUCCUUUGCCAGGGAAACCUUUAAGGAGUGCCCUGCCAAUGGAUUAAUUCCCUCCACAGUGCCCACCGUAGCUCUAAUCCUGCAUCCUCCUGCCCUUUUAGUCUGACAACUCCAGCCCCUGGGCAAGCUCUGCUUCAGAGCAGUUCAUGCUGGUAGGACAAGGAUGCGGCUUCCCAACAGGGUGCUCCCAAUAUUGCCAAACUCUUAACUUUCUAAGUAUUAUGCAGAUAUGUCAGACUAAUGUUCUAGGGGUCUCUACAGGAGAUGCAUAGACUCCACCACUUUCUUCAGAUAAGCUGAGUCUGUCUCUUGGCAGUAGACCCCAGCAAACACUCCAGAACCAUUUGGCUGUGUCUUUGAUAAGCCUGGUCCAUUAGAUCCUGGAAUUGCCCCCCACCCCAUCCUCCCUAGUAAAUACACUUGAGAUUGUUUUGAGAUGAGAUGGGGAUUACCCUUGUGCUGUCCUGCCUUCUCUCUCCUUCAUAGCAAGAGCCUCCUUCCCUGCUUCCAUGCCCAGGGUGUAGAAGGACCCUUCUCCCUCCCCAACAUCCCCCUUUAGGUCAGGUGCCUCAUUGUGUCCCUGAAGUCCCUGGGAGCAGGACCUCCCUCCUCCCUCCUCCUUCCUGAUUCCUUUUCCAUGUCAGUGUUGUCUCAAUAAAGUAUGGGUUCUUCCAUGUUUUCUAAAUUGACAUUUUCAGUGAAAAACAUCUUAAGGUUUCAGCUUAGUUUGUGCUUCACACUUUUCUUGGGGUCUCAAUUCUUUCUUCCUCUUUAUCUUCAGUUCUGAGAUCCCCAGAAGAGCUCAAAGCUCCCAGCCCCCUUCUGAGGCUCUGUCUUUCACCAUACUUGCUGCUGAUUCUAUUCUAGAAUUGCAGUAACUCUGUGUUGACCUCUCUACUAACUUGAGAGCCUUAGGUCCCCUGCCCCCAGUAACAUCUAUCUCCUUCCAUGGCCAGGUUAAUAAGGUGUGGAUUUGCUGGGUGAUUGGGUUCACUAACCUCAGGAUUGUUUCUGAACCCCUCUCUUACUCUUUGACCUCCUCAUGUCUGCACCACAAACCCCACAGUGCUCUCUCAAGACAAGUCCUGCCUACGAUCAAGAAUCCUCACAGGGUACUGGGCAUGGUGGCACAAUCCUUUAAUCCCAGCCCUUGGGAGGCAGAGCUAGGCAGAUCCUGGUAAGAGUUUGAAGGCAGCCUACAUACAUAGCAAGUUGCAGUCCAGCCAAGGCUACAGAGUGAAAGCCUGCCAAUAAUAAUAAUAAUAAUAAUAUAAUAGUCCAACAGGAUCAAUCAUCUCUAAAGACUACCCUUUCUUCCUUACUAUUGUGGCCUGAGAAAUCUUUUAUGUAAAAGAUCGUUAUUAGGGGAAUUCAAACACUGAGCACCAUCGUUCAGUAAGCUCCUUUCUGCAUGUCUAAGUGUUUCUAUGACAUAAUUAGAUCACAUCACACACCAGCCCAAUUAGAAUAGAGCAACAGAGCAGGAUGGUAUAGAAAAUCUUGAAGUAUAAAAUAAGCCCUCCCCUACCUUUGCUAGAAGAAAUCUUAGACAAGAACCCUUUGGGGUGGUAGCUGCCCUUCAUCUUUGUUCCCACACUAUUCCUCCUUUCUCCUCUGAUCCCUCCAUACUACCUUUCAUCCUGAGCCUCUUCCCCUUCAUCUCCCAUUUCU